AUGCCUAUCGAUUGGAGCGCCUUGCCAGCAGAGAUUUGGUUGUUGGUUUUCAGUCAUGUAGUAGGAGACAUAAAGCAAUUGGCUCAAUGUUGUCUCAUUUCCAAAACUUGGGACCCUCUUGCUGAAAGAGCCAUGUUUGGUCAAGCUCUUCAAUUUAGAAACACCACUACUCUCACUAGAUUCUACAAUCAUGUGGUCAGAAAGCCUUUCUUGGGACGAUGUAUCAAGUACAUUCACUUUGAGCCGAUCAUCAUGGGCAGCCUACCAUUCCACAGAUAUUUUCUUCAAUUGGCAUUUACUCCUACCAUCAGAAGCGUACAAGGCACCGCCAAUGACGAAUCACUCAAAAUCAUGCUUGACAUUGCUAAAGGCUCAACCGAGCGAUUCAAAAAACUAGCCUAUUUGCCAUUGCCGCCCAUGUUCGAUGCAACGAUUCAUAAAGAAAUGGCCCUCUAUUUUUUCGAAAGACCCUAA